UUACAUAAUUUCGACAGCGUAUCGAAUUUAAACUCGCGAAUCGUAGUUCGGUAAAAUGCCAUCAGAUGGGUGAAUCGUUCAUUAUAAAGGAGGGUUGCAGAUUGUAGGGGUGUAUUGGAAGGUGCAUUUUCUUUUGUACCUUACAGAAGAUUGUAACGAUCAAAAAUGUCAAAACUCCAGGGUUUAGUUGAUGUGACUAAAACUGCUAUAACUACAGCAAGACCUGCCCUUAAAAAAUUCGUAUAUUAUGCAAAAGUAGAAUUGGUUCCACCAAAGAUAUCUGACAUUCCUGCCAUUCGACAUGAUAUUCAAAGGCUUGUAUCUGCAGCAAAAAAUAAACGGUUUCUUGAGCUUCCAGUACGUGAAGUUUGGCUAAAUACUUUGGUUACACUCGAGGUAUUAUGUUGGUUCUUUAUUGGAGAAUGUAUUGGCAAGCGCCACAUCAUAGGUUACAAAGUUUAAAAAAACAUCAAUAUUAAUAUAGGCAGAAUCUGUGUAUAAGUAAUAGUCAUUCUAAUAAAUAAAUAUACAUAUACAUCUGGAAAAAUAAACUUUACAAAUGAAUAUUACCAUUUAAUUACACCAUUGUUUAUUUUAUUUUUCAUAAUUAAAAUAAAAC